GACUUGCGCCCCUGUGGCAGGCUAGGCUGUUGCCAUGCAGGCCGCAACGGUGUUUUCGCAACCCUCCCAAAGCCCGUUCCCUAGCUACACCAACCCUUACCUAACGGCAGGAUGAAAAAUCGGCAACUAAUUUCCCGACCGACAACAGUCGUCCACCCCCCAAGGCGAUAGCAACCAACAGUCCAGUCAGACGACACGAUCCUGAGGAAAAUCAGACGACUUUUUUUUUACCUCAGAGGACAGGCAGACGAUAACGGGCCAAGCAAGGAGACAAACAUUGAAGCAAAGAUACCACAGUGAGAAACAACUGAGAGACCAACUUCCAUUCUGUGCUCAGCUGUUUCUGUCAAGGUCAAAUCCAAACCUCAAGGACAUUCAGUACAUAGUUUCGUGAGACCGUGAAGAAAUGUGACUAUGGAGGGUAAACGGACAUACAGCGACACGAAGUGAGUGAGCAAAUCGAAUCAGGCGACACUCUAGGUCAAGAUGGCGGACAGGGAAAAUUGAACACUUGAACACCUCACUUCACUGAACGGAAACAAUGCUGAACCAGCGCGCUAACUCACAACAGCCGCGCAAACCAGACGAAGAGGCCUGGAAAAAAUUCAAAAAGGAGAGAGACUUGGCCUUGAAACGAGAGGAAGCGGCCAAAAACUUGAGCCACCUCAUCGCCUAUCAAAAGGACAAGAGAGUACGGGAACUCAAAGACAGACAGAAACAAAAAGACGCCGAGAAUUUGACUCUCGGGAAGUCGGUAAAAAGACUUAAAGGCGACUUAAAGGACACCGUUAAAGGAAGAAGUAAACUUGAGCAGAAACUAAGACAAGAGCUUAAAGCCCUAAGAGAGCAGAAUAAGAAACUGCAAAAGGAGUUGGUAGUCUUGAAAGAAGCGGAACCCGCAAAAUCAAGGAAAACCAAAAAGCAAAAGGGAGAAAGGGUAGAAGACAACGCAAUAUUUUACAGUUAUGCAACAGAAGAUGACGAACUAGACUUUGAAACCGAAGACGAAUCGAAGGUUCCAAACUUGAAGCUGGACAGUAAACUACGGAAGUUAGAACAAAGAAGGAAAGUAGACAGAAGGGCACCAAAGGAUACGAGCAAGAACGCGUCGACAAAGCAAACGAGAGAAAAUAAGAAAGACAGAAAACAGUCAAAGGAUGAUGCGAAAAGACCAACGUCGUCAAAGAAAAGGGCCAGAAAACACAGCGCAAAAACUCAAAAAGACGCGACGCGUAGAGAAGAAGCUGUCAAGAAACAAGACAGAGAGAAACAAAACAGACCAAGGAGUCGGGAAGAACACGAGAAAAGGAGAGCAGCAAAGAAAAAUAAACCCAAACGCACAACAAGACAUCAAGACGACGGGUUCGAUUCUUAUUCGGAUGACGAUUUCGAGGACUACGACGAAAACGAAGGUUCCAAUCGUCAAAAUGUAGGUGAGAAAAAGUCUCGCCGACACGUGAACAAUACACGUGAUAAGGGUCAGGCAGGGGCCGCGUCGGAAAAAACAAAGGAGGAAGAAAGAAAAGAAGAAAGAAAAGAAGAAAGAAAAGAAGAAAGAAAAGGAGCUUUCAGGGGAAAGAAUGAUGGGACAGGUGGCGACAGGGCCACCAAAGGGGGCGAGGGAAAGAUCAGGGGUCAAGAAGACGACUUGUCAAACCGCCAUACUCGCAGAACUAAAAGAGAGACUGAUGGAGAGUUGAUAGUGGAUAAUGGGGAAACGAGCGACGGUGGAGCAAACAAUGAUGGAGACCACCGAGUGGGUAGAAGAAAGGAGGCGGGGAAAACUAGGCUACGAGAGGGGAAGGGGAGGGAAGCUCUGGUAACUUCAGACUCGGACCUUGAAGACAGUGAAGAGAACAGCCGGAGAAAAAGACAAGAUAGGGGGAAAAGCGACAAAAUGAAAAAUACGGAUAACACUGUGGAAGAGGGUACUGAGGAUCACAGAAGACAAAAGGGUUACGAAAAGGGCCGUGGCAACAAAAAUGGCUCUGGUUCUAAACAAUUGAGUCAGUCUGAAAAACAUAAAAGAGGCCAACUUGCGAUGGAUAGCAGUUCAGAUACUGAUACAGACCAUCACAGAGAAAAGCGCGGGAAAACCAAAACGCAUAACCGCGCGGACAAUGACCACGGCCUGCCACAGAUAACGCUGACAGACGACAAGAACACGGUUAGUCUGAUAUCCAAACAGAGCACGACGAAGGCGCCAACGCUUGAUUUCAGAAGCGAACUUCAGGAAAGUGGGGACGAGAGAGGGGACAGAAAGAGACUCGGGAACAAGUACAAAUCAUGUGAUGAUCACGUGACGAACUCAAGUGACGUCAAGGGAGGUGAUGGAGACCACCAUACCUUUUAUGGUAAAUCGCAUGAACCUGAAAGUAGCGCCUAUGGCCCAACAUUUUCUCAAAGUCAUCGAAGGCAAACAGAGCACUUUGCUAAAGACAAUGGCGGUUCACACUCAGACAUGAAAACAGAGCUUUCCUACAAAAAGAGGUUAACCAACAAGUCUGAGUGGGAAAAGUUCCUGUCAGAAAACGCUGACCAUGUCAGCGGCGUCAAGGGCAUGUCUGACGGCAAAAAUCGUCCUGGAGUCGCCAUGGCAACGCACGGCCACUCGUUCCCGGGGUCCUACCCGCCAAACAUCACAAACGGAUCCCCCGGUCACGGUCACCAUUUUGGUCACUCUUUUGGUCACAAGAAGGCUCACUACAACGGCAUUAGCGUACCCGGUAACAAAUCAGUCUUCCCUACGGCAAGGAGAAAGAAAAUCUCCGAGGACGAGAUUUCAGACGACACGGAGGAGAGCUCUGACGUCAUGGACUCGUUCCUAGGUUCGCCAGUGGACGUGAACGCUAAGAUCAGACAGUACAGAGAACGCGCUGAGAAGAUUGACGUUCAACUCAGACGGAAUCAGCGAGUCGGCAUGUUUGCCGUACAGCCUGCUGGGAAGACUGUCAAAGAACGCAGCAGGGUGUACCCCACGACUAGGAUCCUGUUCAGAACUUAUCGUAACCCGGGGCAACCAAGGGCAACCUUAUAAGGACAUAUAGAAAUGACGUCAUUGAGUAGCAUUUGUAAUCCUGCAAUUCCUAAAAUUUGGUUAAUUUUGCAAUAAAAGCAAUGAGACAACCAUAUCUUGUUUAAUGAUAAAAUUGUUAAGACAUGCGUAUGGAAUUGAAUAUAUAUAACUAUUUUUGAUACACAGGUUUAGAAUUGAGAAUCACAAGUGUUGCUUCUAUUGCUUUUAUAUAGAUAACGUUACCUCUUUCCAUCGUUUGAUCAUUUCCUUAUUUAUAUUUAUUUGUGAUCUUUAUUAAACUUGUAUAUUCAAUUCAUGCUCACUGUACAAUUAGGCAAUUAGUCUAUCAAAACAAGCAAACUGUUGAAAUACCAUCAAUUUUGCUUAAAAUGCAGCUGAUAUUUUACUUUCUAAAUUGUUAUAUUUUAACUUGUUUUACUGUGCAUGUGACGUUUUGUUUGAGCAUUUCUUC